AUGGAGGAGCAAAAUCCUCCAAAUAAAGUAAGUGAUUAUAUAAUACAUAGGGAAGAUAUGACCUGCUACCCAUUGUUUUCAGAUUGGUCACAUUCUUCUCUAUCAAUUUUCGAUUUUCCGAGAGAUUAUAAACCGGAAAAUGUUAUUUUUGAUACAUUCACAUCAACGACUCACCACCUCAUAUUACUAUAUCUUCCUCCACAACCAUUACAACUAAAAGCACCUCAUCUCGACGAUCCCACUUACUUUUGGACAAAAAUUACACCAGGAACUGAAGAAGAUACAAAAACUUUAGAAAGUAAUAUAGAACUAGCAUAUGGAAAAGAAGCAUAUCGCCAUACAAGUCUUUCAAUAAAUUGCGAUUUUGACCAAAUUAAAAAUUUAUUGACAUUUUAUAACAAAAAAAUAGGUAACUCAUACUUACAAGUUCAUGAACAGAGACAAUGUUUUCAAUUUGUUGCCGAUAAUUCUCAUGAUACAAUUCCCGAACAAGGAACUCCUUCAGAAUUACUUUCAGAAAUACCAUUUGACGAUAUUAUAGACAAAACAGCAGCUUUUGGUAUUCAUAUAAUCGAUUGCGACUUCGCAGGAAGUAUUUAUCAAAAAUAUAUACAUAAUCUUACAAAUCAAACAGUUAAAACCAACUUCUAUGCAUUCUUUUCAUCAAGUCCUACAGAAAGAAACCCAAGAUCACCAGGCUUACCAGCAGAUUUAUUUUCAUCUUGUUUGAAUUCUCCAGGAAAGAUGGCCUUGCUGUGGCAUUCGUCCCAUUAUUUCUGCUUUAAGUCCGGUCCUCUACAACCUAUACACAUAGACGAUCUCAGCCAAGCAAGUCCUGAAUUAAUCCAAACAAUUGAUCAAAUUUUACGCGGAUAUAUUGAAUCCAUGGCCUGUAAAGUCCUCAAGAGAUCACAGUUUAUCAAGUAUUUCAUGACAGAUGCUUUUGUUUCAAGAUGUAUUUGUGGAUUUAUCAUGGCGCAGAAGAUUUUAGACUUUUUCAACAUCCAUCCCAUGUCUUAUCCACCUUUACCUGAUUUACGGGACAAUCCUCAAUGGCAAAGUUUCUCAUUACAAUUAGAUGAAGCAUUAUACCGGUUCAGACAGCAGAACCAGAACUUUAAGCUCAACAACUUUCUUUCCCAGAACAUGCAGACUCUAAACCUUCUUUUAGAGUGCAAUUCCUCGAUUGUUGACUUUUAUCCAUAUUUAUCAGUGAUGAAUCACGUUCUUCUUUCGCAAGAUCAUUGGAAAGACGGUUGCAAAUUCCUUGCAAACUUCAUGGAUGGCUCCCAGGAAGCUCUAGACGCUGCUUGGCUCUUUCCAUUAAUUGAACCAAUGAGAAAACUUCUUUCUGAGCGUAAAAACGACCCAUACUUGCUUUUCAUCAUAGCGAAAAGCCUUUGCUACGCUCCACAAUGCAGAAAGAACUUUUCUACAACUCUUGACACAGUUUUCAUGAAAUCAAAUUUACUUGACUUCACUUUAGAACCGUUGACUUCACUUUCUGCCAUAAUUAUCAUUGCAAUCAAUUUCCGGUUCUUCAAACAGCUGGAUAACCAUGAAGAGUGGAAGCGUCGCAUCAUAAACAUCAUCAGAUUCCCAUGGAGAGAAUACAUUGACAGAAUGAUCAAAAUGGGAGAAGAUCAAGCUGUUUGGACACUUCUUUUCAUUUCUAGCAUUGGUCCUUUCAUUCUUGACCACAUCUCGUCAACAAUAUUUAAUUUCGUUGACGAGUGCACGAAGAAUGAUUCUCCAAACGUGAGAAGUGCAGCACUUUUGUGUCUUCCUUCAUUUUUGAAAUGGAGAUUUGAACACAAAAUUUAUAAUAUCUGUCAUUCGAUGAUUAACGACAUUUCCAUCAUCGUUAGAUCGCAGCUGAUCUGUACUUUUGUUCCUUUGUACGAAUUGUCUGUUAAACAGAACAGAACAGAUCUAAUCAAAGGAAUACAAAGUGAUAUAAAAUAUUUGAUGAAUGAUCCAUUUUGUUUGGUAUCAAACAUGGCACAAAAAUUCAUGGAAAACGUGAAUCAAGUACCGGAAUCAUCGAUGUAUGACCAUUACAUAACAAAAUUCCUUGGAAAAUCAAUAGAUACAUUAAAUCCAAACAAAAAAUUGUUCGAAUGUUCCCCGAAAAUGAAUUUGGAAAAGAACAUAAAAUUCAAUCAAAACAUUCGAAAAACUAAUUCAACUCUUGAUCCAAUACAGAAUGUUUCCUCAAACAUCUUCGUGUCGGAAUCAUAUUUGUUCAUGGGAAUGAAGUCAGGAAGCUUCACAAGUGUUCAUUUAACAACAACUCAGAAGCCACAAAACGCGAGAUUUACUCAAAACGCAAUUACAGCAAUUGAUUGUCCAUUGAGUGAUAUCGUUUUGGCUGGAGAUUCCAAAGGAAAAGUCUAUGGAUUAAGGAUUCCAAAUGGAGGCGGACAGUUCAAGAUCGCAACUGCUUUCGACACAGAAAUAUCAACAACAAUAUCAAUGAUGAAAUGCUCAAGUGUAAGUAGUUUAUUGGGUGUUUUAGGAGAAAAAAUGAACCAAAUCAAGUUGUUUGAUUUGAUUACUGAGAAGUAUUACAACACUGUAAUUCCAAGAAACAACCAGACUAUUUUGAAUUUCAGUGUUUGCGAUGAUUUGAGAGAUUCUGUUUUAGUUUCUGGUGAAGAAACAAUUGAGUUAUAUGAUAGAAGAUCAUCACUUUGCGAUUCAUAUUUUUCAUUGCAAGUACAAAAUACUUUUGGCUCUGAUUUAUGUGGAUGCAAUUUAGAUUUAGUUGUUGUUGGAAAAUCUGGUUCAAUUAACGUUGUUGAUAUAAGAAAGCCCGAAACCUUUAAGUCAAUGAUUCUUAAUAACAGUGAUUUUCCUUUGAUAACUACUUCAUACGCUUGCCAUCCGAGUGCAAGAGUUUGUGCAGUUGGAACAAACAGAGGAGUUACAUUUUUCGACUUGGAAGACGAAAAUCACGUUUUCUUGUCAACUUCUACAUCUGUUCUGUUCGGAUCUGCAAAGUUACAUCCAGUCACUGAUAUAGCAUUCCAUCCAAAGAGAUUAUUCGCAGCUGCUUUACUUGAUAAUACUGAUAUUGUUACUUUUAAUUAA